AUGCUGAAGGAGGAUAUGAAGAAGGUUGGUGUCAGCUUGGAAGCACACUUGACAGAAAUGUUUGGAAACAAAGAACAAGAGCUGCCAACCCCAAUUGAUGGGAAAAAACAAAGCAUUGAGAAUGUGCUAGGAACUCUACAAAACAUAGAAGAACUUUCAGUACCUGUCCCCCACAUAGUCCCUGAUCUUGCAGAAAUGUACAAAUCUAAGGCCGCAACCUUGGAAAGUGCUGUUCUUUCUUUGGUUUGCCGUGACUCUUAUGAAGCAUGGUGCCAGAUCAUCAAUGUGUCAGAAACACAGGCCCCUUUCUUUACCUAUCCAGUCAACCAUUCCAAUGAAACAAACCUGAGUGUUUCCACAUCUGCGGGAAGCAAAUAUAGGCUCUAUGUGGGUGUGGCCCUGGCAAUAAGUUCCAGUAUUUUUGUUGGCUCCAGCUUUAUACUGAAAAAGAAGGGCCUUCUGCAACUGGCUGACAAGGGAGUCACCAGAGCUGGACAGGGUGGAUAUUCUUACUUGAAGGAAUGGCUCUGGUGGGCAGGAUUACUGUCAAUGGGAGUAGGGGAGGCUGCCAACUUUGCUGCCUAUGCCUUUGCACCUGCAACCUUGGUUACCCCAUUGGGUGCACUGAGUGUUCUUAUAAGUGCAAUAUUGUCUUCCUAUUUUUUAAAUGAAAAGCUGAAUGUUCAUGGGAAAUUGGGCUGCAUAUUGAGCAUUUUGGGGUCAACGGUGAUGGUUAUUCAUGCCCCUGAAGAAGAGGAGGUCACUUCUUUAGAUGAAAUGGAAAUAAAACUGAAAGAUCCAGUGUUUAUUGCAUUUGCUGUGGUUAUAACUGUGGUCUCCCUGGUGCUGAUCUUUGUUGUGGCUCCAAGGAAAGGUCAGACGAAUAUACUGGUCUACAUAUCAAUUUGUUCAGUGAUUGGUGCCUUCUCUGUCUCAUCUGUCAAGGGCCUCAGCAUUGCCAUUAAAGAAAUACUGGAGCAGAAGCCAGUUUACCAACAUCCACUGGUUUAUAUUUUGGUGGGGACUUUAGUGCUGUCAGUCAGCACCCAGAUCAACUAUCUUAACAAAGCAUUGGACAUGUUUAAUACAUCUCUCGUGACACCUAUUUAUUAUGUGUGUUUCACUACUACAGUUGUUACAUGUUCCAUCAUCCUGUUUAAAGAAUGGAAUAGCAUGGACCUGGGUGAUAUCAUUGGCAGCCUCAGUGGAUUCUUCACCAUAAUCAUAGGCAUUUUUCUUUUGCAUGCUUUUAAAAGUACUAAUAUCACCCUAAAGCAAUUGACAUCCACGGCUAUAAAAGAACCCUCAUUGCCUCUGCAUGGAUAUGAUGCUCAUCAUUCUUUAUUGGAGAACAUGGAGAGCCCAACCUUGGCAUAUGAGGAGGACAAUCCUUUGUUCAGACGAGGAAAUGCACAGGGAGCUAUUUGCCAUUAA